ACUCUGGAAAAGCUGCUACGGAUGCCACGGUCCAGUUUGAUGUAUCUGCUUGCCUUUACUCACGCACCAGCACAAAACAAGUUAAUAACACAAAACUUAACCACACUUCUAAACCCGAAAGAAGUCACAUUCCUUUUGCCUCACCUGACUGUAAAUAUAAGCUGUGGCACAUGUCACAUCGCUUUCGAUGAUCCGCAGUUACGAAUGCACAGAGAAGAGCUUUUCGAGACAGUUUGUGCAGCUGGUGGAAUCGAAAUUAUUGACCCUAUUCCACCUCCAGUCUUCAGCUUUUCUAUCUCACAGGAAUACAGGAUUUCGGGAGUACCGCUAUCUGUAUCUUGUACCACAGACUAUUUGCCGGAUGAUCUUGGGGCUGGUAUCAGCACACUGACAAUAUGCUUAAGUAGUGCAUCACAGCUAUCUAAACUAAGCGAAAAGCGUCCAACUUUACUGCAAAUAAACGACACUUGCCUACAACUGAUUGUAUCUAAGACAGAGUUCAUCAAUCACAUUUCGAAUGAGGUCUCAUUUUUCGUCAAUACACUCAUGAAUCUGGACGAAACUUUGGAUGGAAUGAUGCUGUUGUGCUUUCGGCGUCUCGGAGGGCAUGGGUCUAGAACUCCGGAUUCAGUCAACUACACGGUGAGUAAUAUGACCAUAUUAGCGCCUCGCAUUGAGGAACCCAUAUUAAAACCUAUCUCUUGGCCCACACUGGAAAAUCGAGCAGCUCAGUUUGAGUGCAGUUCUGGAGGAUUCGCUCUUCAACUGGAAGUGCUCCUCGUCAUGGCACCUCGUAAACCGACUAAUCAAACUAAGCUCCCGGUUCUGACGCGAACAAAAGUCCAUCCUAAACGUCCGAACCUAUUGAACUGGUAUGAGAUCCCGCGAAACAUGGAAGGGAGCCAAAUUUUCUGUAUUGUUUGGCAAGCAAACGAGACAGAGAGCACAAAACGCUGGCUGCUCGGUGUACCACCGACUUCUGACCUGUUGAAAAUUAGUCAACCUAUAGAACUGCCUGAUCUGAGUCCCGACUGUCCAGUAAAACCAGAGUUAUACACCACACCAACGCCGGACUCCAAAUCCAUAAGAAAGGGCGACCAAGUGGAAGUGAACUGCACUGCCCCGAUCACUUCAAAGAACCUACCUCUCAAGUUAGUUUACACAACAUCCUAUCUCAUCUAUAUUGUUUGCAAUCUCGGUCAUCCUGUGGGACAGCAAUCUUCAAUCCCGUGUUUGUUCGUUGCCGCAACAGACAAGAGCUGUAACCAGGUCACGAACGUCUCCCCUGAUCCUCAGUCUUACAUUGUUUCCUGUUCAGUCACUGUGAAUUCGGUCGACCAAAAACGUCAUCUUUGGAUUCAUCUGGUAAUAACUCAGCUGCGGCUCGAUGACGUGAAUGCCCAUGUAUUUUGUGAAACCAUUUCUCUCCAGGCGGAUGAAAAGGAUAUGACCGUGAGAAGCCCCAGUAAGGUUGAAAGCUUACUAUUCACUAUUCCUCCGAGCAUUGAGUCGUUCCGGUAUGAUGCAGAAACACGGACGUGGGAAUGUGUAGCAGUAGCCAUGCCACCCAUUGUGUCCGGUUAUAUUCGAUUUGCCUCGUCCGAUACUCCACACAUAGCUUACGCGUUGAAGAAAUAUACGUCAGUUUCAAGACAAUCCAGCAAAAACUUACAGCAUAAAGAUGUGCUACCAGAAAAUACAUCCGAUUUCGUGAACGUUCAAAACUUCCAAUCAGUCAUCACUUUCAAACCAAAGCGGUCAAGUCUUAAAGCACUACCUCCUGGAAACGUACUGGUAGAGUGUAAAUUCGGUGGGCUGACAAGAAAGCUGCAGACCAGAAUCACUACUUUUGAUGAUCCAGGUCGUGAAGCUGGAGCAGCGUACGUCCACUUGUGCGCCGUUCGUGGUCCAGAAAUCACACACCUAACUCGGAUGUCUUUUCACCGUGUAAUACGUUAUCCGUGGUUUGAUUACGACAGCACCCUUCUUAUUGUGUCAGUGUUCAACUGGACAGAUAUUACGCCCAACCCAGGGGUAUUCACCAUUCGUGAGGAGAAACUUCAUGGGCUGUGGACAGCUGGACAGUGGCCUCGAAUUCACGUCAGUCUCAAAGCAGGGUCCAUGCAGCUGUUGCUGGCUAUCGAAAUGGUCAACAAUACUGUA